CCCUUGACUUGCGCUCUCUGCUGGGAGCUGGGCUCUUUCUGGCAGUGGCAGGCAAGGAGGCACAGCUUCCUCAGAGCCACACAGCAGAAGGCUGGCUCUUCAGGGUGGUGGAGAAAAACACAGCGGGCUCCUGGUUGCCAUGUUGAAGGUAAAUCGGCUGAAAGUUCUCGUGAUGAUGGCCUUGCAAGCAGCACUGCUCGUCUGCUUCUCUCAGCUUCACACCUGGAACAACCCCGUGAAAGAGAAGCCAGCCCAGACGCACAUCCUCAUCCUCUCCUCUUGGAGGUCGGGGUCUUCCUUCGUGGGGCAGCUCUUCAGCCAGCACCCGGAUGUCUUCUACUUGAUGGAGCCAGCCUGGCAUGUGUGGGUGACCAUGCGCCACAACAGUGCCCGGGUGCUGCACAUGGUGGCACGAGACCUUGUCCGGUCAGUCUUCAAGUGUGACAUGUCAGUCUUCGAUGCUUACAUGUCUGAGCAGAGGAACCAAACGGCACUCUUCCAGUGGGAGGCCAGCCGGGCUCUGUGCUCUCCUCCUGCAUGUGACCUUUUCCAGCGCAGUGACAUCAUCUCCAAGCGUGCUUGCAAGACACUCUGUGGCAAGUACCCUUUUGUCAAGGUGGAAGAGGCCUGUAAAACCUACAGCCAUGUUGUCCUGAAGGAGGUCCGGUUCUUUAACCUCAAAGCACUCUAUUCUCUCCUCACCGACCCUUCCUUGAAUCUCAGAAUCCUCCACUUGGUCCGGGACCCCAGGGCUGUCUUUCGGUCCCGUGAGAACACGGCAGGCGAGCUGGCCCAGGACAGCCGCAUUGUGGUGGGGCAUGAAGGUGAUGGGAAAGAAGCAGAGCCUUACACGGUGAUGCGGGCGAUCUGUAAAAGCCACAUGGAGAUUUACACGGAAGGGAGCUGUUCCCUUCCCAGCUUCCUCCAGGGUCGCUACUUGCUGGUACGUUAUGAGGAUAUUGUCAGGGAUCCCCUGGCCAAGGCUGUUCAGCUGUACAGGUUUGCAGGGCUCCAGUUCACUCCCCACCUCCAGAGCUGGGUGCACAACAUCACCCACGGGCAGGGCCUGGGCACAGAGGCCUUUGACGUUGGCUCCAGGGAUGCAGUGAAUGUGGCACAGGCCUGGAGGAAGACCCUUCCUUAUCCCAAAGUGGCAAAGGUGCAGGAGGCAUGCAAGGGUGCCAUGGAGGUGCUGGGGUACAGGCUGGUAAGGUCUAAGGAAGAGCAGGAAGACAUGUCUCUGAGUCUUCUGCAUGCUCAGAAGUCCUUUGCCAAGCCGGGAGAAAAGCGGAGCUCAGAAGGUUCACCUCCAGCAUCAGGCAGUUGGAGCUUUCAGAACCAGGGCACGCUAUGGGCAAGUACCAAGCAGGUCAAAAGGUGAGUCCAGAGACUGUUCCUGGGCUGCAUGUGCUGUGCUGAAAAUAUUGCAGAUCACCCAGAAGUUCUGUGGGACCAGCUUUACUGUCCAGUUAUUCUCAAACCUACAAAACUGAAGUGUGCAAUUUCUGAAAUUUUUCAUAUUAAUGUGUUUAUACACAACACUGAAGUCAUUAUUCCAAGAUAAGUAAUGACAUCUGGGCACCACUGAAAAUAUCAAUUGGCAUGUACACUCCACGAUACAUUUCCUCCCA